AUGAAAGUGUUAUUGUUAGCACUUGUGCUGAUGUGUGUCAAAGGAGACGACGACUUGUUCAACCCGUACAUCCACACCAAGACGAUGUUAAAGCGUUUCCAAAAAGUGAAGGACCAGAACAAGAAAAAUGAGAAAGCACUUCUUCAGCUUGAGGGUAAAGAGAGAAAACUGUUGAAUGUGUUAGAUAUAAUGUACAGAGAUAUGAAGAUAGCAGUAUCGAUGAAAGACAGAUUUACACUUGAGCAAAAGGUUGGGAAGCUUCAGAAAGGAUUAACAGAACUGAGACAACAAAAGAGAGCAAUCUUACGUAAGAUGAGACACUCUGCUGAUAAGGUAGCUUCACCAGAAAGAGAUAGAUUUGUUAGAAAAGCAAGAAUUGAGAAACGAAUUGGACUUGAGACUUCCCUUCAUUUGAACAGAGAAGUUAUUGUCAACCAGAAGAAAUUGUUGAAGGUUAUCGAAUUUUUCGCACAUAAAUAUGCAAAGAUGGCAUCUGAAAUUGCUGCAAGUAAAAUGAACAAAGAAGUUGACAAGAAAGGUGGUGACAUUUUGAAGGCCCAACACAAAUUCAAAAAAGCAGCAAAACACGCAUACAACAAAUACUACAAGAAAAUCGUCAAGAGACUCGAAGAAGCAACAGCUGAUGGCGUAGAAACAAAAGACAUUAAGAUGGAGUGCAGAUCAGCUAUCGAUGGCCUCAUCAGAAGACUCGAACAUCAAUACCUCACUUAUGUCAAAUCUCGUAAAGAAGCAUCAAAAGAAGCAAAAAAAGCAAUCAAAAAACCACUCAGAAAAUCGAUGAAAAAACUCUCUAAGUCCUUCGAAAAGAAGGCUGUCAAGGCUGCAGCCCAAACCGCUCCCGCUAAGAAAGAUGUCAAGGAUGUCAAAGCUCCUCAAAAAACCCAAGAACCAGCUAAGAAAUAA